AUGACAUCUCCUUCGGAAUUGGAGCAUGUGCGAGCCGUCUGGCAGAAAAUGCAGGGCAACAGCCCAAUUUAUGAUUUUCUGCUAUCAAACAUCGAUAUCAUCUCGGCCACAAAGGGCAGCGUCACGGCGCGUUUACCUCUGGAAAAAAAUCAUGUCAAUUCGAGAGGAACAAUUCAUGGUGCUGUAAGUGCGGCAAUCGUGGAUUGGAGCGGCGGUCUGGCAAUAGCAACACAUGGUUUGGAAAAGUCGGGCGCCAGCGUGGACAUCCACGUUACGUAUAUUGGAACAGCCCAGCUGGGAGACACAAUUGAGAUCGAGGCUCUUGCCAACAAGGUCGGACGAUCUAUGGCAUUCACGACGAUUCGUAUCUCCAAACUUGUUGAUGGAAAACCAGGUCCUAUGGUGGCAACUGCUUCACAUACCAAAUACAUCCAGCAGGCAAAGUCUUGA